CACACGCUCCUUUUGCUCCACCCCCUCUCUAUUCCCCCAAACACAGAGCAGCAGUUCUCCAGCUCCUGAAAGUCAGGAGUCCCCAGCACCCAGGCAACAGACACCCGGCACCCGGCGCUGGGCACACGGCUGCGGGGAUGGCCCAGACCCGUGCCUCCCUCCGCAGCACGCAGGGCCUCACCUCUGCCCCCGGGGCUGCCGUCCUGCUCCUCAGCCUGACUUUCGCCUCCUUGCACUCCUGGGCAGAGGCAAGCGGCGGCAACAGCUCAGCCUGGACCACCCAGGACCCAGACCCCGACUCCCUGGAGCAGUGCCCCAGCGUGGACUUCUGCCCGCAGGCAGCCCGCUGCUGUCGCGCCGGAGUGGACGAGUACGGCUGGGUCGCGGCUGCCGUCGGCUGGAGCCUGUGGUUCCUCACGCUCAUCCUGCUCUGCGUGGGCAAACUGAUGAAGCUCACUCCGGAGGAACCCAAGGACUUGCGGGCGUGACACAGAACCCAAGCCCAGGGUGGCCACGGCCCCACUGUGGGUCGCGGGAGGGUGGGGUGGCAGCCGGCUCCUGCUCCUUCAGCUGCUUCUGAAAGGGGGCCCGGGAGGCCACGCCCGUGCUGCCUGCAGCCGGGGCCCAGGCGCGCCUGGGUCCCCCCUGCCCUGAGAAACCCCUCGGGGGGCCGUCGCUGCGAGAACAGUUCCCACUGCACAAGAAACAGCCUGGUCUUUCCCUCAACACACUUGAAACCGAACUCACAACCUUCUGUCCAGACAGGGGGUCCCCUCCCGUCCCUCGCUCCGGCAGUUCCGAACGUGAGCGACUCCCUUCCUAAUCCAGUCCUGCUCUCGCUCUCGCUCCCUCCCCGUCACUGCCCCACGCGGCCUGACUCCUCCCCUGCCGCCAGCACCUCCUUCGCGGCCUGGCCCUCGCCCGGGGAUGUCUGAUUCUGGCCUCCACGCCUGCCGGCUCCUGCUCCCAGCAGGUCGUGACGUAUAAACCACCCCUCCACACUCAGGACACCUGUUCUUCUCCAGACGGUUGGAGUCACGCACCCGCGCCUGCCCCAGCCCGGCCUCCGCGUCGCUUCCAGAGUGGUGUUGCUGAGCCGCCCGCCUGGGCUGGCCCUGUGGCUGCCUCCUGACAGGUGGAACACGGUGCGAGCCCCAUGCAGCCCGGGCACUCCCCUCGCCUGUCCUCUCGCACACCCUUCCGGUGAGCCGGUGCUGGUCACUUCCACUCCCGGCACGCGCCAGGCCCCUUCUCUCCCCCCUGCCUUCCUCCCGCUGUGCCUACAACCGGAACAGACCCUUCCUGAGAGCCUCACCUGGGGCCCCGCUUUGCAAGAGCCCUCUGCGCCCUCUGCUGCUGGACUCCCGACUCAGGAGCCCUCUGCGCCCCCUGCUGCUGGACUCCCGACUCAGUUCUCUGCCUGUGGUUUGUCCGGGGGCCUCCAACUGCACACUUCCGGUCCCAUCACCCUGGAUCUGCCUUUGCUCAUCCUCCUCCUCCCCAGCCCAGCACGCCUGACGGAUCGUUUGGUUGACGGCGAGUGGCCUCCCCGACCCCGGUGAGCAGAGGACACACAGACAGGCAGACAGACACCCCCUCCUCAGCGGCCUGUGCUCACGGUUCUCUGAGACUCUGCUCCCACAGGCCUUCGCCUGGGGCCACCCCAGCUACUGACCACUGCACAAAUGGUUUCAUCCCCUCUGCUCCCCGCACAAGGAGUGGACGGACAGUAAGGCAGUCGGGAACAGCUCAAGGCCACAUCCUGGGGACGACCAGGGGGCGGGGACCCUGCCCAGGGAGAUGUGUCUGGAGGCGAAGGAUGCUGGCCCCAGGGCCACAUGAAGCGUGGGGGGGCUGGGGGACGGGGGAGGGACUCAGCGGGGGGGGGGCCUCAGGCCUCCCAUGUGAGUCCCGGGCCAGCAGGAAGCACCCUUUAGUAAGCCCCUCUGAAAAAUCCACACUGCACACGGGGCUGUGCGUGCACACACAAGCACACACAUACACACACACUCACAUACAACUUAGCACUUCAUCCUGGCCAUGCCCUGAUAAAUCCACACUGCACACACAAGCACACACACUCAUAUACAACUCAGCACCUUGUCCUGGCCAUGCUCUGAUAAACCCAUACUGCACACGGUGCAAUGCACACACACAUGUGCACACACACAGACACA